UUCACAUUUUGCUUCCUCUAUCUCUAUCUCUUUUCCCAACUUUCUUUCCAUUUCUCUCUCUAUAUUUCUAUAUUCAUAUCUCUCCGCCGGACAUUCUGUAUAUCACCGCCGUGGCCGUGCAACGCCGUCGUUUCCAACAGAUCGUCGAAAUUAGAUAUCUUCUUUGAGGGUAUGCUUUUGUUUGAUAAACAAAGCUCUACAAUCAAGUGAAAAGCACCACUACUCAAACAAUGGCGUCAAAAUCUUCUGCAAACAUUUUGGAUUUGGUUUCUGAUAAGCUACUGGAUAUCCCUCAAACUCCAAGGGCUCUUCCACGGGUGAUGACUCUACCGGGGAUUAUAAAUGGGUAUGAUGGGGAUUCUGAUAGCAACUUGUCUGGUUGUCGCGAACGAAAAAUCAUUGUGGCAAAUAUGUUACCUUUACAUGUUCAGCGGGAUCCAGAUACCCUAAAGUUAACCUUCAAAUUUGACGAGGACUCGCUAUAUUGGCAAUUAAAAGAUGGGUUUUCUCCCGAAACUGAUGUCGUGUAUGUAGGUUCACUCAAGGUUGAAGUAGAUGCUAGUGAACAGGAAGAAGUUGCUCAGAAACUUCUUGAAGAAUUUAAUUGUGUUCCCACAUUUCUUCCAUCAGACCUUCACAGAAAGUUCUAUGCUGGCUUCUGUAAACAGCAGUUAUGGCCGCUUUUUCACUACAUGCUUCCCAUUUGCCCAGACCAUGCAGAUCGCUUUGACCGUCUUCUCUGGCAGGCCUAUGUAUCUGCCAAUAAAAUAUUUGCGGAUAAGGUUAUGGAAGUUGCUGACCCAGAUGAUGAUUAUAUCUGGGUUCAUGAUUAUCAUCUUAUGAUCUUACCUACAUUUUUAAGAAAACGCUACAAUCGAGUCAAACUCGGUUUUUUCCUUCAUAGUCCUUUCCCUUCUUCAGAAAUAUAUCGAACUCUACCCGUAAGAGACGAAAUUCUGAAAGGACUUCUAAAUUGUGACCUUAUUGGGUUUCAUACAUUUGAUUAUGCAAGACACUUUUUGUCAUGUUGUAGUAGAAUGAUGGGUCUGGAUUAUGAAUCUAAACGAGGACAUAUUGGACUCGAUUACUUUGGUCGUAUGGUAUAUAUCAAAAUUCUACCUGUAGGCAUCCAUAUGGGACGGCUUGAACAUGUGUUAAAUCUUUCAAUCACAUCGAAUAAAGUCAAAGAGAUAGCUCAACGUUUCAAGGGGAAAAAGCUGAUAGUUGGGGUGGAUGACAUGGACAUCUUUAAAGGUAUUAGUCUUAAGUUACUAGCCUUCGAGUAUCUCCUGCAGAUGCAUCCCGGGCUGCAAGGUAACCUGGUUUUGAUCCAAAUUGUAAACCCUGCAAGAAGUACAGGAAAAGAUGUUCAAGAGGCGAAGAAGGAGACAUAUUUAAUUGUAAAUAGGAUCAAUGAGGCCUAUGGUUCACCUGAUUAUGAGCCAGUGGUUCUGAUUGACCGCCCUGUUGCUCGUUAUGAAAAGUCUGCCUAUUAUUCCAUGGCUGAUUGUUGCAUAGUCAACGCUGUUAGGGAUGGAAUGAAUUUGGUACCAUAUAAAUAUAUUGUUUGCAGACAACACUCACCUCAUAUUGAUAAAACUGUAGAUAGUGAGAAAGAAACUCCUCGCACAAGCAUGCUGGUUGUGUCUGAGUUUGUAGGUUGUUCACCGUCUCUAAGUGGUGCUAUACGGGUCAACCCGUGGGAUAUAGAAUCUGUAGCUGGAGCUAUAAGCUCUGCUAUAACAAUGAAAGAGUCAGAAAAGCAACUGAGGCAUGAGAAACACUAUCGAUAUGUAAGCUCUCAUGAUGUUGCUUAUUGGGGUCGUAGCUUUAUGCAAGACUUGGAGAGAGCAUCCAAAGAUCACUAUAACAAACGUUGCUGGGGCAUUGGUUUCGGGCUUGGUUUUAGAGUUGUUUCUCUUUCUCCAAGUUUCAGAAAACUGUCCCCCAACUACAUAGUCUCUGCUUAUAGAAGAUCAAACAGACGGGCCAUAUUUCUGGAUUAUGAUGGUACCCUUAUCCCACAAACAUCUAUUGUAAAGAGCCCUAGUGAGGAACUCAUCAGUAUUUUGAGUGCACUGUGUAGUGAUCCUAAGAAUACAGUUUUUAUUGUUAGUGGACGUGGACGUAGCUCUUUAAGUGAGUGGCUUGCUCCUUGUGAGGGUCUCGGUUUAGCCGCUGAACAUGGCUAUUUCACAAGGUGGAGUAGAAGUUCUGAGUGGGAAGCGUGUAUCCCAGCUACAGAUCUUGAGUGGAAGGAGAUUGCUGAACCGGUUAUGAGACUGUAUACAGAGGCUACUGAUGGUUCAAAUAUUGAGAUCAAAGAGAGUGGGCUUGUCUGGCACCACCAAGAUGCUGAUCCUGACUUUGGUUCUUGUCAAGCAAAGGAGUUGUUGGUGCAUUUAGAGAAUGUGCUGGCUAAUGAACCGGCUGUUGUGAAACGUGGUCAACACAUAGUCGAAGUCAAACCUCAGGGUGUGACUAAAGGAUUAGUUGCAGAGAAAAUACUAUCAAGCAUGGUGGAAAAAGGAGAGGCACCAGAUUUUGUGACAUGCAUUGGGGAUGACCGAUCAGAUGAAGACAUGUUUGAAAGCAUUAGGAACACAGUUUUAAGUGCCUCCGUCACUUCAACUCCAGAAAUAUUUGCUUGCACCGUUGGACGGAAGCCUAGCAAAGCUAAAUACUACCUGGACGACACUGCAGAUGUCAUAAAAUUGCUGGGAGGUCUUGCUAACGCUUCAGAUCCAAAACCUGGAAACAUUGCUCGAUUCCAGGUUACUUUUGAUACCAUUUUUUGAGACAAACUAGCAACAUGUACAGUUUGAUGUUUGAGGAAAAACUUGUAGGAUUUAGGAUGAAUCUUUAACCGUGUCUGGUGUGCAUACUGCUAGAAAAUACCUCCCUUAAAAAUUUGUUCUGGGUGGCAGUGGUUGGUUGGGGUUAUGGAUGCCAUUUGUUGUAGUGGGGCCGUGGGGGUGAAUCUCUGGCAUAUUUAUUUCAAUGUAUAGCUACUGUUUUGGUUCUAUUAAAGCUCACUUCCAUAAAUUGUUUUAA